GCAGUGAUUGAUGACUGGAUCUUUUCCUACGACAAGAUACCGGAUCCGGUCCUGGUGAGUUGUUGGGAUGGCAACAACUGGAAUAUCACGGAAGACGAUUGUCGAACUGACGUCGUCCCCCCACUGCGCAUUUUCGAGGAAUACAAUAAUAUGACGCAAGAAAUCGACAUGGCGAUGAUGUACUGGAUGAACAGGACUCGGACGAUACCGUUCACUAAAUUCUUCAAGCAGUACGCGCUCAGCUUUUAUUGGUCUGCAUUGACGCUGGUUACUCUUGGUGAACAGCCAUCACCGACGGACACCUUCCAAAACUCGUUUGAAAUUUGCGACACUCUGCUAGGAUUGGUGUUGUUUGCGGUUAUCGUUGGUGAUGUCGGUAACAUGGUGACCAACAUGAACAUGAAACGCUCGGAUUUCGAAGAGGUUCUCGACGGAUGCAAGAGCUAUAUGAUCUACAGGUAUGUCUAUCAAGAAAUCGCUGAAUUUCUGCCACCUCGACUCUACGGUCAACUGGCUGUGCAUAUUCACAUGGAAACGCUCAGAAGAGUGAAGCUUUUCGAGGAUUGUGAGCCGAAUCUCCUCUACGAACUGAUUCUGAAACUCGAACUACGAGUCUAUUCGCCGCUGGACUACGUGUGUAGAAAAGGUGACGUCGGUACAGAAAUGUAUAUUGUGAAAGCGGGAAGCGUUGAGGUUGUCAAUGAGGAUGGCACGAAGGUUUUCGUUCAACUUGGAGUUGGCACUGUGUUCGGGGAGCUGUCGAUCCUCAACAUUCCGGGGAACAAGAAUGGAAACCGCCGGACAGCAAAUGUACGAUCUGUUGGAUAUUCAGACCUCUAUGUGCUUAGCAAAGACGAUUUGUGGGCAGCUCUUCGUGAAUAUCCGGAGGCUAAGCGCUCCCUAAUGGCAAAAGGAAAAAGUAUUCUGGCCAAAGACAAUUUGCUUGAAGACGUCCCAGAAGAAGAAGAACUGGAACCGGAUGCACCUAUUGAGGAACAGCUGGACGCAGCUUCUCGUGCCAUAAAUGAAAUCGAAAGAUUACUUGACGAGGCAGAGAAAAACUUUCGGGAAUCAUCAGCGCGCACCAAACGCAAGCUGUUCAGAGUUGAAAGGGAGGUCGACAAGGAACUGAAGCAAAUUUUGGAAGAGCCAUCACCUUCUAUUGCGUGCAGGAGAGCGUCCGCGCGUUAG